UGCUUUUGAGGAGAAACUGAAGAGGGAGAGAGAAAGAGAGAAAAUUAUAAACAAAGAAAUUAAGAAGCAUCAUCUAUCUAUCUAUCUACUUCUACAAGUAGUAUCCAAGAAGUAGAAAAACUCACAUACUCAGUACACUGUACACCCCAAAAAAAUAGUUAAGUAUACAACUCAACUCUCCCCCCUCCUCCCAACAGCUAAACUGGGCAUUAUCCUUUCACUUCUUUUAUAGCAGAGAAAAAGAGAACCUUCACUCCAAACUGCUUUGAAGAGAUGACUAAAGAAGAAGACUUUAAGCUCCUCAAGAUCCAGACUUGUGUUCUCAAAGUGAACAUACAUUGUGAUGGGUGUAAGCAGAAAGUGAAGAAACUCCUUCAGAGAAUUGAAGGUGUUUACCAAGUAAAUAUCGAUGCUGAUCAGCAGAAAGUCACGGUUUCUGGAAAUGUCGAUUCUGCCACUUUGAUCAAGAAACUGACCAGAGCUGGCAAACAUGCUGAGCUUUGGUCCCAGAAAUCCAAUCAAAGCCAGAAGCAAAAGAACAACUGCAUCAAAGAUGACAAGAACAACAAGGGUCAAAGACAGGGCAUUAUCAAGAACCUUGAAGCUUUCAAAAACCAGCAAAAGUUUCCUUCCUUCAGUUCUGAAGAAGAUGAUGAAUACUUUGAUGAUGACGAAGAAGACGAAGAGGACGAGUUUCGGCUAAUCAGGGAGAAAGUUAAUCAGUUGGGUAUGCUCAGGCAACAAGCAAUUGAUGCAAACAAUGGAAAGAAAGGUGCUGGAGUCAUUAAUGCUGCAGCUGCCAACAAUGUUGGCAAUGCAAAUGCUGGAAAGCAGGGGCACCCAAAUCAGAACAUGGGUAUGAAGCCAAAUCCAGGUGGGAUUGAUCCAAAAACAAUGGCUGCUCUGAAGAUGAGCAAUGCACAUUUAGGUGGUGGAAACUUCAAUGCAGGGGAAGGCAAAAGGGGGAACCUGAAUGACCUGAGUACCAUGAUGAAUAUGGCUGGUUUCCCUGGAAAUGGUGCUAAUGUUGCUCCUAAUGCUACUGCUGCCUUGGGGCCCAACUCCAAUGGUCUGGGAGGGUUUCAAGCUCCAGCAAACAGUGGGUACAGCCAUCAUCAGGCAUCAAAUGCAGAGAUUCCAAAUGGUGCUGGUUAUUCUACAGGGCAAUAUCCAGCAUCUAUGCUGAUGAACUCAAAUGGUUUCAGCCAUCCAUCCCAGAUGAUGAACAUGAACAUGAACAUGCAGGCCAGGCAAGCUAUGCAGCAACAGCAGCCCCAGAUGAUGUAUCACAGGUCCCCAUUUGUUCCUCCUAGUACUGGCUAUUACUAUAAUUACAGCCCUAGCCCUGCCCCAUACCCUUACAGUGCUGAACCUAAUUUCAGUGGUAACAACACUGCAGCCCAUAUGUUCAAUGAUGAGAACACAAGCAGCUGCUCAAUUAUGUAAUGCUGUUCUCAAUUAUGUUUGUAGAGAAGUAGAAGAGAAUGUUGUUUCAGAUGAAAUUCUCUGUUAGUGGGGUUAAGUGGCUUUUGUUGACUGUUCUGUAGUGUGGUCAGGAGGAGGGAAAUAUGGAUUAGGAUUAAGUGUUUGUUCGAGUGAAUCUUAUCACUCAUCUGUGUAUCUGUGUAGUAGUUGUUGAAGAUAACAUUCCCUUUCUUAUUUUAGUUAUUUCUUUGUUUCAGGACUAA